GGGAGAGGGUGGGACCUGUGACGUCAGGCCGUUUAAUCCGGAAACGGCGGCGGCGGCCGAAGCUACCGAACCGAGGGGCUGUCGUUGGUGGGGACCCAAGGCUUUGCAGAGAAAGGGGCGUGACCCGGAAGCGGAAGCCCAUCGCGCUCUCGUCUCCGCUAGGUCUGAAGUGUGCCCCAGUCAUACUGGUGGAAUCCUACCACUAUGGACCUGUUGUUUGGGCGCCGGAAGACGCCAGAGGAACUUCUUCGUCAAAAUCAGAGGGCCCUGAACCGAGCCAUGAGGGAGCUGGACAGGGAGCGGCAGAAGCUAGAAACCCAGGAAAAGAAAAUCAUUGCGGAUAUCAAAAAGAUGGCAAAGCAAGGCCAGAUGGAUGCUGUUCGAAUCAUGGCAAAAGACCUAGUGCGAACCCGGCGAUAUGUACGCAAGUUUGUGUUGAUGCGAGCCAACAUCCAGGCUGUGUCCCUCAAGAUACAGACUCUAAAAUCCAACAACUCAAUGGCACAAGCCAUGAAGGGUGUUACUAAGGCCAUGGGCACCAUGAACAGACAGCUGAAGUUACCCCAGAUUCAGAAGAUCAUGAUGGAGUUUGAACGGCAGGCAGAGAUUAUGGACAUGAAGGAAGAGAUGAUGAAUGAUGCCAUCGAUGAUGCCAUGGGUGAUGAGGAAGAUGAAGAGGAGAGUGAUGCUGUUGUGUCCCAGGUCCUGGAUGAGCUAGGACUGAGCCUCACAGAUGAGCUAUCAAACCUCCCCUCCACUGGUGGCUCACUCAGUGUGGCUGCUGGUGGGAAGAAAGCAGAGGCCACAGCCUCAGCCCUGGCUGAUGCUGAUGCAGACCUGGAAGAGAGGCUCAAGAACCUUCGCAGGGACUGAACAAUUCUCCAAAUGAUGGACUCUACACUCAGGGUCUUUACCCUGUCCCCCUCUGAAAUAAACGAAAUUUGGACAUAA